CACUAGCUUACCUGCAUCUGUAAUAGAGAAAAAGAGACAGGGACAUGCAUUGCAGAGGCCUUAAUGAGAGAAAGCUCGAUAGUUGAGAAACACCUUUGAGAAGACAGAUCAGUGAUAGUAACUUGAACCGGAACCUCAUCGCUAUUCAUCUUUGAGUUCUGGCUGAAGUGCUGACAUCUAUGUCUCUUAGAGAGAAAAAGGUAACCGUUCACAGUUUUCUACCUGCAAAUUCCCAAGUGACUGAAGGGAGAACUGUGCUUGGCUGAAUUAGGGAGAAAAAGAACAAGCAAGGAAGACGACACAAGAAGUGAACGACGACAAGACACGGCUAGAAAAAGACAAGGCAGAACAAGAGAAGGCCAAAGAAGACGAGACAAAGACAAAAGGCAAGACGAGGUAAGACAGGCCAUAACAAGACACAAGAAAGGAAGGGAAGGGAAGAGAUUUCAAGAGGACGAGAAAAAAAAAGACACAGGACAAGGAAAGCAACGAUGGGAGGCAAGACCAAUUAAAGCAAGAGAGGGCAAAGCAAAGAAAGGAAACCAGUUAAGGGAUCACGUCAAACUUCAGUGUACCACUGGGACCAUUCGAGAGAGGCCAGAGAAGAAUGGCAUGCCAGGCAUUCAGCGCAGACUCCUUCACCCCACUUUCAGGCGAUUCACCCUUGCCAAUCCUCAUGCACCACGCCUCUCCCGGUGACUGCCUGCCAGCCAGCUCCCAUGCUCACAGCAUGGUUUCUGCAGUAUCAUCUGGACUGUCCCUGGGUCAGCCCACCAAGCGCUCCCACAUGCAUCUGUCCACAUCCUCCUUCGGCAACGCCCCCCCCGGCCUACAUUACCCAGUCACCCCCUGUCACUACAGCAACCAGCAGGCCACCUACGGCAUGAUGGCAGCUCAGGAGAUGCUCUCUGCCAGUAUUUCUCAGACUCGUAUUCUGCAGACAUGUGGUGUCCCUCACCCCAACAUGGUAGGCAGUGCAAACCCAUUGCAAGGGUCUCUUACUCCUUGCUUGUACAAGUUUCCAGACCAUGGUCUAAGUAGUGGUUCGUGUGCACUAAGCCAUAGUUUCUCCACACUGCCCCCGGCCCUCCUCUCCACUGAUGAGGCCCCCGGGGGCCCGAGUAUUGGAGAGAUGAAAACUGAUGGCCAGGGGAAGAGCAUGCGGGACCCGGAAGAUGUCCCUGCCAUGGACUCCCCGCAGAUACGAGAGUUGGAGAUGUUUGCCAAUGACUUCAAAAUACGGAGGAUCAAACUUGGCUACACACAGACUAAUGUAGGCGAGGCUCUUGCUGCAGUGCACGGCUCAGAGUUCAGCCAGACCACAAUCUGCCGCUUUGAAAAUCUACAGCUGAGCUUUAAGAACGCCUGCAAACUCAAGGCCAUUCUGGCUAAAUGGCUUGACGAAGCUGAGCUGGCUGGUGCCUUGUACAGUGAUAAAAUAGGAAUGAAUGAGCGGAAGAGGAAAAGGAGAACAACUAUCAGCUUGGGAGCUAAGGAGGCUCUGGAGCACAGCUUUGUGGAAAAGAUUAAGCCAUCCUCCCAGGAAAUAGCCCGGAUAGCUAAAGGCCUCCAUUUGGAGAAGGAGGUGGUCAGAGUUUGGUUCUGCAACAGACGCCAAAGAGAGAAACGGGUCAAAACCAGCCUCAACCUCAGCUCCUGUUUGACCAAACUCAGCCCACACUGCAUCGUACAGAUGAGUAAAACACAACGACCAAUGACAUAGUUACAUAUUCAGCUAGUGUCGCUCACCUCGAUUCUGAUGGAGCCUCCUUCGUGACCACAGCCAGUGAAAAUGGGUUAUUUCUAAAUCAAAUGUCUGUCAGAAAUCACUCCACCAUUAAGUGGCAGAAUUUAAUCGACAGGGAACACCCAAUAAUAAAAACUGCCCUCACACUGCAUUAAGCAGCUGCUGACGCACUUGAAACUAUUGCAUUGCUUUAACAAUGAGAUGAUAACUUAUAUCCUGUGAAGGUCAGCCUGACCAAAAAAACAACUGAGAACACUCCAACUCUAAGAAAACAUGCGUUAUUGUCAGCUUGUAACUUGACCUUCUUGCAAUGUGCUGCGGUUUUCUUAAUGCCAUUUUUAUGUUGUUGUUUUUUCUUAUUUACAUGAACAGAAAUGUCUUUACAGUAUUUUAAUUUACAAGUCCCAGAAAACUCCACGAUAAAAAAGUAUAUGAAUGCCAAAUAGCAGCUCAGUAAGCCAGUUUAUUUUUAUUUAUUUUUUAAGUUGACACUGUGAAGAUAAACGGCUUUCAUUAACCACUUAUGAUCUGCUGGUUUGACGCUGCAGCGACCAUGACCUGACAUUUAGCUCUUCACUGUGCCUUGCCUUGUGCAAACCAAAUUAAAUGUAAUCUAUCAGCACCAGCGUGCAGGUGAGCACUCGUUUAGAUCAGCCCUGUGCCUUUCUAAAAACAGAUGUUGGCUCAACUUUCGUCCCUUUUUUUUAAGAGAGAAGGGAAACUUUAUUGUCGAUUAAAUGUUUUACAUUUGUCUGCAUUUAACUGCAGGACGUUUUGUGUUGUAGUUGUUUGUGUAUUUGUGAUUAGAGCUGAUGCUCUCUCAUUAAUUAACUGUCUUGUGAAUUGUUUUUGAUUUAUUUAAAUUAAUAUAGCCAUGCUCAAAAAAAGUAAUAUAUUUAAAG